AUGCGUGCCAAUCUGUGUAGUUUAACAUUUUUGUUAGCUCUGACGCUACAAAUCACAUAUACGACGAGCAAGCAUUUGGCGGAAAGACCGAGCUUUUUGAAUCCUUGUGACUACAACGGUGCUACUUUCGAUAAAUGCUUUGCGGAUAAUUUCCAAUUAUUAUUCAGUCAUUGGCAAGACGGUAUUCCCGGCCUAAAGUCCUUGGGCUCAUUGGAUCCGCUCAGCAUCAAGCGUAUUAAAAUUCAACAAGACAGCGGUGCGGCGCUCAACAUUGUUGCCGAAUUGGAGAAUAUGCUUGUGUACAAUGCCAGCAAGGCGAUUGUGAAGAAGGCCAUACUGGAUAAAAGCACCUUCGAGGUGGAUGCCACACUCGAAUUGCCAGUAUUAUAUGCUGAGGGAGAUUACAAGGUUAAAGGUACAGUUUUGGGCUUGAACAUCAAUGGCGCAGGCAAAUGCAAUUUAGAAGCAGGCAGAAUCCGUUUGAAUUUUCAUCUUGCCACGAAAUUGCGUGACGAAGGUGAUCUGACAUUCUCCGACAUCGUAAGUCUCAAAGCGAAGAUUCUCGAAAUUGGCGAUUUCCACAUAGAUGUGCAGAAUUUGUUUGGCGGUCAGCGUGAUCUCGAAGCAACGGCCAACGAUCUAUUCAAUCAAAAUUGGCGCGAACUAUUCGGUAUUCUGUCACCAACAUUAGAGCAAACACUGGAGUUGGUGUUGAAGGAUCGCUUCACGAAAAUCUAUGCUUAUGUGCCGGCAACUUACUUUAUCUCCAAUAUGCCCAGAGCUAGCGAAUUCUAUGGUUAAGGAAAAUGUCACGCGUGUGAGGACGAGCAAGCAAUUAUUGUGA